AUGUAGAUGUGAGCACAUGGUGUACCGGUAUGGAAGGAAAGACAAUGUUUGUUGAAAUCCAGAAGCAAGUUGGAGCUGCGCAUUUUGUAUUGCCUGUAGAAGCUGUAAAAGACAGCAAGAGUCUACCAGUCGUCGUUCACCCAGACAAAGUGGCGGUCCAAUCUGGAAAGGGCGAAUCUGUCUAUCGCUUUCCAGACGGCUUCCGUGUCCGUCCAAAGUCCUGCAGUGGACUGAAGUGGUUAGAAGGAGAUGGACUUCAUCUGAGGCUAUCAGUAGUAGAGGAAGAGGCAGAAGAACAAAAAGAGAAGGAGGAGGAUGGAAGAGGAGAGGAGAAUGGACCAGAUAUCAAACCUGGGCACACCAGAAUGUGCUGUGCCAUGUGUGGACACCAACUGCUGAAACCAUCCUUCUGUGCCAAGAGAGUGCUGCCCCUCCCCUCAGACGGCUGGCAGGAGGCGGUCGCACACAGUUUCUGUCACAAGAGUCAGGACACGCAGAACAUGGCCGCCCAGACUCUCGCGCCCAGACCUGCGGACAUCCUGACCGGUACCGGGCAUGUACUGGUACACGCAAAGGCCAUUCAUAGUGACAACGUGGAUGUUGUUGAUUCAGAGGACAAAAUGGUACUGGUCCCCCUGGUCAGAUGCAAACGAUGUAGAAGUCAGGUGGGGAUAGGGGUCACUACAGGUAAAAAGAAGACCCCAGCACAGGCUACACCCGAGCCUCCAUGUGCUAUCAAACUGUACCUGUCUAACAUCACGGUACAUGAGGAAGGCUCCACAUGCUCACCUGUAACACCUGGCCACGCCUCACCUGGACAGGACAGUGUCUUGGCACAACAACUUCUUAAGGAGUCGGAGUCACAAUACUGCCUGAGGUUUGUGGUACAGGACCUUAGGGCAGACGUCUAUCUUUUGAUGUGGCUGUUGAAGUCAGAGACUCGACUGAUGACCAUCUCUACACAAGGUUCUGUCUCCUCCCGGGAUAUUCUCAAGAUCCUCUACCUGCCACUCCCACGGGACGGUGUCAAUAAGUUGUUAUUGGAGAGCUGGAAAAAGGAUGAGAAUGUGGGCCUGCUGUCCUAUCCCAGAGACACCUGUCUGCACCUGGUGUCUCACCUGGUCAGUCACACACAGAGUCUACCUGUCUCACUACGCAGCAUGAACAACUUUAUGGUUGGAUUUCUUACACUGAAGAAUAAUCCAGAGUCAAAAACAACAUAG